AUGGAAGCCUCCGGCCCCAAGGCAAUUCUCACAUCCGACAAUUUCCACCAUGCACAAGAGCUCUCCCGGGCGACCUCGCCCGGUGGUGAACCCGUCGCUGUGAAUAGCGAAGGCGAACCGAUAGCCCGCGUGCGGCCCCGUACCUAUCCAUACUUCAAAUAUCUCCCAUACAAGCUCGAGGAUGAGACCGAGCGGAAUCAAAAUCUGCGAGAGAUUUUGAACCAGCUUUAUAUUGCAGUGGAGGCCGGCGACUUCAACCCCGGAGCCGUGCACUGGACACGCGAGCUACGCGCAUGGCUGUCGCUCAAGUUCGAUCCGACUCGGGCGCAGCGCAUCAGCCUUGUAAAAUUGUAUUUUGAGCUUGCACUUGCUCCUGGGAUUGACCCAUCGGUGGCUGAGCGAUUUUCGAGCAUGUUCAUGCUUCUUACCAAGCGCAAACAUUAUCUGAAACCAGUCAAAGACCUCGUGUUAGAUUGGAAGCCUCUAUACAAGGAGCUCAAGGCUUUUGUUCUCCCCACCGAGUCCGGCCUUGUUCACUCGACCAACUUGAAGCGGAAUGUCAAAACCCUGACCAAGCUUUGCGCAUUCGCUCAAUUAUUCAUUGAUCCGUGUGAGCUUCCCGCUAUGCUCGAAGAGUUCUUGCCUCAUUAUACCACAUCAUUCUCAGAAGGUGCCUUCGUUGUCGCCGGGCUCAUUAAUUUGCUGCUUCCGACAUCCCCGGCUCCCGACUCCCGAGUUGAUCUUCUACCACAGAGCCAUCUGCCUACACAUUUCCAUUUAUGGUCAUUGGUCGGUCGUUCAAAAACAUUUGACACAACAUAUCUGGACUAUUUUUCCCGAUUGGCCCGAGAUUCUCUACCGGCUGCUCACAUUCCAUUCUCCGAGCAUGGUAUAUUCACAAAGGAACAGUCUGCUCUCAUUUUCACCGCGAUACUGAGGUUGUUGGAAAUCCCCGUCGGGCAAUCCACUUCCCCUUAUAGUGCCCUGGUGGACAUUUCGUCUGGUCUGGGUAUCAUGCUUGAUAGAGAUGGGCGGAAGCACCCGGUUGCUCAUCAUAUUGCCAGGUGGAUUGUGAUGUCGCUCUCCCCCGCUUGUGUGGAUGCCGAGGUUUCAGUUCUCACACAGCUCGAAGGUCUUAUCCAAGCCGUUGAGACGUUUUUCCAUCCUUCAAACUCGGGUCAUUGGACCAAGACCCUAUCGCAGCUGGUUUAUUACCUGACUGAUUUCUUCGUCAUGCGCUGGAAUCGUGAACAAACCGGUGAGAUGGAUGUCCCACCUGAGCGACGAUUGAAUGAGCCACUGAAGCGGCGAUUUGUCUUGUGCAUCCGUGACGUAAUCUUCAUGGGCAUAUAUGCUAAGAGCAGCACUGCAAUGACCUUCUCCCUGUCGACCUUGCAAGGUCUGGCUUACUUAGAACCGCAUCUCAUCCUACCCGGUGCUUUACAGAGAAUCUACCCUGCGCUGCAAGGUCUCGUCGAAGUACACCGGACUGCAUCCUCUCUUCGAGCUAUGACAUCGCUAUCUCGUGUUAUUUCGCGCACUAAGGGCUAUCGUUGUCAUAUGACGACUUUGUUGGGUCUGACACUUCCUGGCAUUGACGCGAAUGAUCUUGAAAAAUCGCUUCAUGCUCUGUCAUUCAUCCAAUCGGCCUGCUACAAUAUUCCAAUGGUCGACUUGACCAAAGGGCGGGAGGACGUUAACUGUAACAUGCUUGCCAUGCAAUGGAUCUCAGGUGAAAUGGAGAGGAUGGAAGAGCAGGGGUCGGAUGUACAGUUGGGUUAUGAUACAGAGCUGGAUGAUGAGACUGAGGAAUUGAUCUUGCGCUCUUCCACAUGUGGCUUCGGAGAUUUCACGAUAGCUUUCCUGGGUCGUGUUUUCACACUAUUGGAAAACCUGCCGGACGUCUCCAGGGUUCGAAACGGUUCACCCGAAGAGAAUAUCGUGAAUACUCUUCCCGCCACGUUCAUGCCUUUGCUCGCUUCUUUGUCUCCGGAGUAUUACGAUAUCGCUUUGGGAAAAAUUGUGGAUUUCGUGUCCAACCAUGUUAUCCACCAGGCUCGUGAUGCAAUGGCUUUCAUCUGCAACGCCCUAUGCAAGGUUAACCCAGAGAAGGCCCUCAAGCGUUUUAUCCCUGUCUUGACCUCAGCGAUUCGCACUGAGAUCGAAGAUAAUGGUGCUGGAUCAACCCGAACCACGGGAACCGAUGUUUUGCCUCGUGAUCGAGGUCUGGUCUGGAAUGUCAGUAUGCUGAGCAUGUGCGUGGUGCACGUCGGCAGCGCUGUCAUUGACCACCGCCAGGAACUGUUUGACAUUGCAGUCUACAUGCAACAGAACUGCCGUGGCAUUCCUACCGUUCAUAUUUCCAACUUCAUUCAUCACCUUUUGCUCAACCUGACUGGGACCUACACUAAUGAUUUCUCACUCUACGAACCUUCUGUCAAAGCGAACGGCAUCGAGCCAAAGCUCUGGAGUUACCAAGCUGAUGUGAACAACCUCAACAUCAAUUGGCAUGUACCGACCCGUCAGGAAAUUGAGUUUGCCGUCGACGUUUUUAAAAUCCAAACAGAGACGGCUUUGAAGUCGCUAUCUGCGCUGACUCAUGAGACAUCACUUGUCAAGCGUGAUGGAAGCGGCAAAGACUGGUCAGAUGAGGUUACUCGAAACCUUGUGCUCCUGCGGCUCGUGUUGUCUGGAGUUUCUGUCCUCUUUGACUCCAAAGCCGCAUCAACCACAACACAAGGACCCUCGAACGGCACUUCCGGGGAUGUUGAGAUGGGUGAUGAUUCGGGUGUUUCAAAUGACGUUGAUGAAGAUGCUGAUACUGUGCUGGACAGCUCUGAUGAUGCUAUAAUCAGACAGGCUUUCACCUACCCCACUGGGUAUGCCCUUAGGGAGGAAGACCCCUUAUAUACUACCAUCCAUGAACUCCGUGAGCGAACUGGUUGGGUCUUACAUGAUGUACACCGGUUCUUGAGUGACAAUCAGGAAGAUGAUGUUCCUUGCUUUGGGGCUUUGUACUCUGCGUUCAGAUCGUGGUUUGUUGAUACCCCUGCUUGUGCGCAGAGCCAACGUGUACCACCUUCAACGCCUACGACACAACGCUUCCCCCGUCCUCGGUCCAAGCUUGAUGAAAUUCUUCUUCUUGAUAUUGCUGAAUCUUGUGUAUCUCUCUACACGGAAACGCGCCGCAAUGCCCAAAACGCAGGCGAAUCGGCACUUAAGGCAGUCUAUGGCGGCAGACUACUCGUCAUUCCCCCUCUGCUCACGGCUCUGCAAAGAGGCGUCAAGGAAAAUGAUCAUGCACGCAUCAAGGGAGCACUCUACUCGCUGCUUCUGAGUAGUGUAGCCAAGACUGUCGGGCGGCAUUGGAAGUAUGCGCCCGCCGUGGUUAGAACGUUUAUCGAUGCUAGCGCUGUUGAUAAGCCUUCUGUCCAGAAGAUUUGCUCCACUGCUGUCUUCCAGGUCAUGGAUUACGGCCGCGCAAUGGAGCGAAUGGCUAUCCUAGAUCAAGAAAUUGUGGAGGCAAUUGCGCCCACCGAAGAUGUCACCGGGCAAAUCGAGAAAAAGCGCGCAGUUGUCAAUAGCAAGCGCGUUGCUAUCGAGAAAAAGAAAGCGGACCUAGCCGAAGAGCUGGUCAACCUGGCACGGGUAUCCCACUGGAAGAUUGCCAGCCGCGCUGCGACUAUCGUCAUCACUAUGGGUCUCCGCUUCGACUACAUCGCCAGCGAUAACUUGAUCGAACUGAUGACACUCGGGUCUAUUGACGACCACCCUGGCUUGCGAGGCAUGUACUCCCAGGCUCUCAUCGCGCUGUUCACUAUGAUUGAUGUGCGGGCCAUCUGCACUCAUGAGUACAAGAACUACAUUCUUGGUCAUCAGCGAUUCCCAUCAAAGAUCAAGGUUGCAACCAAACCCUAUGAGAAAGGAUACACCGAAGAGUAUCUUUCUAGCUUUGCGAAGCCUGAGGCGGAGUACUACGUUGAUCACGACUUCCCGGGAUGGCUCGUAUGGGGCAAGACUAUGCCGGCUUACAAGUCCAAUGUAGCACGGGAUAUCGAGUAUGACGAUGUUGAAUGGAAGGUUCGCACCAAGAUGGGCAAGUUGUUCACUCGCGAGUGGUUCUCUAAGUUCUUCAUGUACUUGAAGCAAGAGCCUCGGGACCCAUCUGCUGACAAGUUCCGCAUGUCCUGUGCCAUGAUGCUUCUCUACGCAUUCGAGCUCAUGAUACGGGAUGGGCUUACAGCCGUGUCGUUCGAGGAAAUCAAAGAAGAGAUCAAGGAAGUCUUUGAAGACGGCAGUGAUAAGCACCAACAUCGUGCCACGGCUGAAAUCCUCGGAGCUUUGAUCUCCUCUGUAACGGAUACAGGGGUGGAGAAGCGGACCAUGGUUUGGGAAUAUGCAUUCCCUAUCGUAAGAAAGAUCUUCACCGAUGGCCUCACUCCAGAGAACUCUGGCUACUGGACAACAUUCCUUCACAUGAUCCUUCAAUGCCGUGAUCCCCGCCGCGCGUGGCCGUUGGUUGAUUGGCUAUCCAGCUUCCGUCUUGACAUGUCGACGAACGCAGCAUUCAAGGAAAGUUCCAAGAUCAACCUCCUGCAUCAAUGUAUCAUUGAUUCUGGUUGGCACUACCAGCUUGAGAAGCCCAUUGUGGAAGAUUUCCUUGCACAUUUAGACCACCCGUACAAGGGCGUCCGCGAGGCAAUGGGCCAGACUCUUGCAACUAUUUAUCGCACAAGGUACCACGAGUCGUACCCUGAUGUUCAACAUCUUCUCGAGGCCCAGAAAUCCUCCUCUUCUGUUGGCGCAUACCCCUACCCGCCUACCGAAGAAUUUACCAAGAUGAUCCGUGGAGUUUUCAGUCAAAUCGAAGAAUGGCGGAAGGCCAGAACUCCCGGCCAACAGACACCCUCAUCCUACACCUCGGGUAGUAAAACUGUUCUCCUUUGGCUGGACUCGACUUUGUCUUCUCACGAGUGUACCCAGCUUGUUUCAUUCUUCCCUGAUGUCUUCACCGCGCAGCUCCUGCACAUGAUGGACGUGAAGGAAGAUCCAGAGCUCCAGUCCCUCGCAUACCACGUUUUCCGUCAUCUCCCCAACAUUCCGUACCCAGCUGAGAAAGACUCCGAAUUCAUCCAAUCUCUCAUCCGCAUCGGACAGACUUCCCCAUCAUGGCAUCAACGCCUGCGUAUCAUGAUCAACAUCCAAAUCAUCUACUUCCGCCGCCUGUUCCUGCUCGACCCUGCAGACCGCGACAAACUCUUUGAGUGUAUCGCCUCCAUGCUUGAAGACCCCCAACACGAAGUCCGUGCUGGCGCCUCGGCCACACUAUCCGGUAUGGUCCGAUGCUCGCCCGUCUUCCUGCGGGAAAAGAUGGUCAGUCGCUUCCAUGAACGCUUCACGAAGGUUCUGGCAGACAACCCUCUCCCCAAGAAACCGAAGAACUUGCGCCCAGGAAUUGCCUCCUCAGCUGUGUCUUCUGGCGCUGGAACCCCCACUCCCGAGCACAACCGCUUGAUUAUUGUUCGCCACGGUGCUGUACUGGGUCUUGGUGCUUUGAUCCAGGCCUUCCCCUACAACAGUCCUCCGCCUCACUGGAUGCCCGAGGCAUUGACUUCACUCAGUAUCCGCGCGGCCAAUGACCCUGGCAUCGUUGGUUCGAGCGUGAAGUCGAUUAUCAGCGAGUUUAAGAAGACUAGACAAGAUACUUGGCACAUUGAUGCAAAGGCUUUCACAUCAGAUCAGCUCGAAGACUUAUCAGGUGUUCUAUGGAAGAGCUACUUUGCAUAG